AUGACAGAGACCCAGAGAGCCCCGUCUGCCACCAAAAACAAGCUCACAGCCUUUCACUCCCAAAAGGAGAUGUUUGAGAAGAUGGAGGAUUCUUUUAAACUCUGUGCUUAUUGUGAGAAGAAGCCAAAUCAGCUUCCAGACCCCAGAAGCCUGAAGCGAUGUUCUAGGUGUCUGAAUGUCUACUACUGCUGCAGAGAAUGUCAGAAGAAUGACUGGCCAAAGCACAAGAGAUUCUGCCCACAACUUCGCCUGGCAGCUCUUGACAGAGUUGUGGAGUGGCUUGUUUUCAAAGACCUUCCGUUCCCCACUGAGAAGUGGUCCCGACCUCAGUCAGAAGUGAAGAACUGGGAGGACUGGCUAGCCAUGCAGGGGGACCUCACAGAUCGUCUCCAACCCAUCCUGGAUGCAGACAACACAAAGAACCUGUGGACUGAUGCUGGCAGACCACGGCCUGAAGAUAAGGACCUGAAGGAGUCUCUCUGGAGGGUUUGUAGCGAGUUCUUCUCAAGGCCGCUCACAAUCGCCUGCGGGUUGAGGCUGUUUGGCCUGAACCCCUCCAAGAAGCCCCUCACCAUCCACCUGGUGGGAGCAGGACACAGUGAGACCCUUGGAGCCAGACUGGCAGACUACGAUGAGCUGAACAACAUGUUCCCUGGACAUCAGGGCAUAGAGAUAGUGAUGGUGGGACCAGAGAUCGUGGACGGGCCAAUCUGCAGACCCCCUCUGAGAGCAUUUGGUCCCAAACAGAGGGUCUACAUGAGCUCCUACAGAGGGCUGUAUCACCAGUUCUGGGAGGAGCUGGUUGAGAAAGAGGAAGCUGCAAAACCAGACCUGGUGGUCGGAUUUCAUCCCGGUUUUGAUGCCAGUCAAGGGCUGGAGGAGGGCUGGCUUCCCACUCUUCUGCUGCUGAGAGAUUAUGAGAUUCCUUCCAUGUUUACCGCGCUCAGCGAGACAGAGAUGACCUACUCCCUGCAGAUUCUGCUGGAGUUGGAGAUGGACAUGAAGGGAAGUGGAAUCAACCCUUUUGCAUCUUUGAAACCAGAAGUGGGUCUACUAGAGACUGUUGAGUUUGAGGAGCCAGAUGAAUCCUGA